AAAUAAGAAAGAAAAAGACAUAACUCUCUCUCUCUCUCAAAUUCAAAAUCGCCUAAGCAAUUUUUUGUUGUUUUUUUUUGUUUCUCCGCAAAUUGAAAAAAGUGUAUUUGUAAUCAAAUGUGAUGGGAAGUAGCUUCUCCUCCGCCUUACCUUGCUUCAAUCAAGGCCACCGUAACCGCCGCCAUCACUCAUCGCAGCGGAAUCCGACUCACUCCGACGACCAGAUCAACUCUCUCUCGGAGCCGUUAGACGAGACUUUAGGCCACUCCUACUGCUACGUCCCAUCUUCCAACCGCUUCCUCUCCCCUUUCCCUUCCGAUCGCUUCGCCUCUCCCACCGGUUCGUUCCGGUUAUCUCCGGGUCGGAUCCGAUCCGACCAGCUCCACACCGGGUUCAGAGCCAUCUCCGGGGCCUCGGUCAGCGCCAACGCCUCCAACUCCAAAACAGUCUUUCAGCUCGAAGAUAUUUACGACGAUGCCACUGUUGUUAACAACACUUUCGGGGGAGGCGUUAGGAGUGGUGGUGUCGUGAACGCUAGCGGCUUCGAGGGAACGUCGUCGUUUAGCGCUCUCCCGCUACAGACCGUGCCGUUGGGCGGCGGUCACGUGGAGCAGCAGCAGACCGGUUUAUUCAUGUCUGGGCCCAUCGAGAGAGGCGCGAGUUCCGGCCCAUUGGACCCGUCCGGAGAGUUUGUUAGAUCUGAUUCCUCCGCCGCGCAUUUCUCGGCGCCGCUCGGCGGCGGGAAGAAGAGGCGGAAAAAGAGGAAGAGCCUUUCGUGGGGCACGAAGCAGCGGCCGUGGGUUCUUCCGGUGUCGAACUUCGUCGGCGGUGGUAAGAAGGAGAACACGGUGAGACACGGCGGCGGCGUUACGGCGGAAGCGGCGGCGGGUUGCGGCGGAGAGGAGAGCGAUUUACAGUGGGCGUUGGGGAAAGCAGGAGAGGACAGAGUGCAGCUAGCUGUCUUCGAGAAGCAAGGGUGGCUAUUCGCCGGAAUCUACGACGGUUUCAACGGACCCGACGCGCCGGAGUUUCUGAUGGCUAAUCUUUACCGUGCUGUUCAUAGUGAGUUAAAGGGUUUAUUCUGGGAACUGGAGGAGGAGGAAGUAGAUGAUAUAGAGUUAGAAGCAAGUACGAGCUGUCCAGUGACAGAGAAGGUAGAAGUUAAGGUGAGGAAAAGGCUACAUGAGCUUCUUGCAGAGGCACAAGCAGAAGAUGCGUUGGAUCUUUCAGGUUCCGACAGGUUUGCAUUCUCAGUGGAGGACGCUAUCAGUGGAGGCAAUGCUGUCUCUGUCGGAAGUAAGAGAUGGUUGCUUUUGUCGAAACUGAAGCAGGGUUUGUCUAAGCAAGGAGUUUCAGGGAGGAAGUUGUUACCAUGGAAGUUCGGUGUGGAGGAGGGUAAUGAAACGAAGGAGGUAGAUAAUAACGUUAGAGUAGAAGAACCGGUUGAGAAGAGGAAGGAGAGAGGAAAGACGGGUACGGUUGAUCACGAGCUGGUUCUAAAGGCGAUGUCGAAUGGUCUUGAAGCCACGGAGCAAGCGUUCCUAGAAAUGACAGAGAAGGUUCUGGAAACAAACCCUGAGCUUGCGUUGAUGGGUUCUUGCUUGCUGGUUGCGCUGAUGAGAGAUGAUGAUGUGUACGUAAUGAAUAUAGGGGAUAGUAGGGCUCUUGUUGCGCAGUAUCAGGUUCGAGAAACGGGUGUGAGUGUUGAGACAGGAAGAGUAGAAGAUAGACGGAAUGAUUUAGACAGGGAUGAUGGAAACAAAGAGCCUUCAUCAGUUGUGGGUGAUGAAGAUACUACUACAGUGAACAAUGAAACACCUUCGCAGCACACGAAACUGGUUGCGUUGCAGCUGACAACAGAUCACAGCACGAGCAUCGAAGAUGAAGUAACAAGAAUAAAAAACGAACACCCAGAUGAUAGCCAGUGCAUAGUGAACGACAGAGUGAAAGGACGGCUUAAGGUGACGAGAGCGUUUGGAGCAGGGUUCUUGAAGCAGCCUAAAUUGAACGAUUCGUUACUGGAAAUGUUUAGAAAUGAAUACAUUGGGACGGAUCCAUACAUAUCAUGCACACCGUCUCUUCGUCACUACAGGCUAACAGAGAGUGAUCAGUUUAUGGUUCUGUCAUCUGAUGGUUUGUACCAAUACCUGAGCAAUGAGGAAGUUGUUUCUCUUGCUAUGGAGAAGUUUCCAGAUGGAGAUCCUGCUCAACAUGUCAUACAAGAACUUCUAGUCCGUGCAGCCAAGAAAGCUGGAAUGGGGUUUCAUGAGCUGCUGGAUAUACCGCAAGGAGAUAGAAGAAAGUAUCAUGAUGAUUGCACUGUAUUAGUGAUAGCACUUGGAGGAAGUAGGAUUUGGAAGUCAUCAGGGAAGUAUCUUUGAGACCAUAAAAACUACAAGUUGAAGAAGCAGAGAAACUCAAAUACAUAAAAAAGAAAAAAGAAGGUGGCAAAAACUUUGUUUUAAUUUUGGUCGGCUUUUUGUUUCCUUGUGUUUAUUUCUAUAUGAAUGUUUUUUGUCAGAUUAGGAGGGUACUUUUGUUUCUUUGUCGAGAAUAGGGUAGAGAUUGGAACAGAGAAGAAGGGUGGGGACCAAAAGGGGUAGGUAAUACAUAGAACAUUUUCCUCCUGGGAAAAAUUAAAAAAAAAAAUCUUUAUAUUAGCAUUUUUUCUUC